UUUUGAGGAUAUGUAAGUUUUGAUUAAUAUAAAAUAUGUCUUCAUAGGAGAAUUUAAUGUUAACACUAUACAUUAAUACACUUAACAUCCUUAUAUCUAAAUACAACUACAUUAUGGGUUGUUUGAAACUGCUAAAAUAUUUCAUAAAAGUUCACAGUGAGCUGAUUUAUGUGAUUUAAAAAUGGAAGAAAUAAUGUGAGUAAAUCAGAGCACGUACAAUAGAGUAGGGAAGUUGUUAAUUUAUGGUCUUCCUUAAUAUUUUUCUCUUAGACAGGAACCUUUGGUCUUUAAUAAAUUAACAUACCUGCACCACACAGAAUUAAAAACCACCUCAUUUUAAAGGUUCAGUUAUUAAAAUCUGUAAAUAUGCAGUACAUUGAGGGGCUGGGAUUCACAGUAGAACUACUGCAGUAAUCAACACUGCAGCUCUCAUGUCAGUCACGAUGAAGUUCAAGUCAAAACACUCCAGGGAAAGACUCUGAUCAGCAAACGUAUCUGGCUCAUGUUUGUGCCAGACACAGUAUCGACAGUAACGGCCAAGACAAGACAAGUAAAGUUCAUUACUGACACAACGUAAAUCACUUUAAUACAUUAAUAAGCUUUGCCAGGUAAUGUUUGCCACAAGUAUCUUAUAUCUUCAUAUGUAUUCAUGUGUGAGCACAUGUUUUCAUCUAGUUAGUGUCAGAUUUGAGUUGGUGACUGAAUUCUUCAUGUACAGAUAGAAAGGGUUUGAUUUGUGAUCCAGAAAGCUCUUGUGUGUCUGUGAAUGUGUUACUGGGGCUUUAUUAACUCAGCCAUUUCACUCCACUGGGAAGACGUCGGAUCUCUUUAACUGGUGGACCCCUAUCUGUGAAUGGGUAUGCACCAUUAAUAGCAUCACUUUCAUGUAAGUGGCCCUUGUCAGAGCUUCAGCUGACACCUCAACAGCCACUAGUUUGCUCAUUCUAGGCAACUAUGACCACGUGAAAAGCUCAAACCAAUUAUGGCCCCUGGUAGCGGCUUACGCCCGGGCUCAUCUUGUGUGGAGGGAUUUCUGUAAAUUGGAUCAGGCUACUUACAGGGGCUUACCAUGACGUACUGCAACUUUGAGUUUAAUCAUGAGGAUCCUCGGCAAUCUUCCGCCUCUCAGAGAGAACGGAACAUCACGAUUAGCCUCACCCGCGUGUCAAGGAAGGAAAACUUGGUAAAAGUUGAGUAAAACAAAGCUUUGUGGAAUUUGAAGUUUCCGUCACGAUGGGAGAGGAGAAAGAUUUGAAGAAAUAACGCUCCUGUGCUCCACUGGGGUCGUCCAGGGUUCUUCACCUCUGCUCCUUGGCUGUGGGAUGGAUUACCGCCUGAGCUGAUUCUGCUUCCUGCUGGACCAGCGAGAGGAGACCCUGUUAACAAAGAGAGAGGGAAACUAGGACUAACAGGUUGGCGCCAUCAAGAGCACAUAUCCAAAGUGAGUUGCAAACUUUGAAAAUCUUGGAGUUCCUGCUGACCUACAUCGUCGUUUGAAUCCUCUUUUUCUGCUCAGGCAAGGACACAACUCGGAUUGAACAAUGGCUCUGAUGUUGGUCAAGUUCGAUCUGAAAAAGCGAGUGAAGCUCGCUCAGACGGUCUGGUUCAUGUACUGGUUUGCUGUAAUGGCCGGCGUGCUGGUUUUCAGCAUGGGCCUGUUUUUUAAGAUAGAGCUGAGAAAGCGAUCGGAACUCAUGGACAACAACGAGAGCCACUUCUUACCCAACCUGCUCAUAUUCAUGGGUCUAAUAACGUGCGGCAUCAAUGCCUUUGGAGGAAAGGUCUGCUACGACUCACUCGACCCUUCCAAGUUCGUAAAGUGGAAGCCCAUGUUGAAGACCUUCCUGGUGUUCUGUGUGGGCUUGAACGCCUUGCUGCUCCUGACGGCUCUGCUGUGCUUCUUGAUGAGGAUCCCUCUGCAGUUCACCCUGGCCGAGGGGCUGAGGAACGGCAUGAAGUUCUACAAGGACACGGACACACCGGGUCGCUGUUACAUGAAGAGGACCCUGGACUUGAUGCAGAUAGAGUUUCGUUGCUGCGGGAACGAGAACUACAGAGAUUGGUUUGAGAUUCAAUGGGUCAGCAACCGCUACCUGGACUUCAGCGCGAAGGAAGUCAAAGACCGCAUCAGCAGCAAUGUGGACGGCCAGUACCUGAUGGACGGAGUCCCCUUCAGCUGCUGUAACCCCAGCUCCCCGAGACCCUGCAUCCAGCUGCAGAUGACCAACAACUCUGCCUACUACAGCUACGACCACUACACCGAGGAGCUCAAUGUGUGGAAGCGUGGCUGCAGUGACGCUCUGCUGUCCUACUACGGCGGCUUGAUGAACACCAUCGGAGCCUUAGUGUUGCUGAUCACUAUGCUGGAGGUUGCCGUGACUGUGGGUCUGCAGUACGUCAACAGCUCCCUGUCCACCCUGGCCAACCCGGAGGACCCAGAGAGCGAGAGCGAGGGCUGGAUCCUGGAGAAGACGGUGAAGGAGACGUUCACCGAUAUCAUGGCCAACAUGAAGGCCAUGGGCAAAGGAGGCAAGGUGGAGGAGGGCGGCGACGCACCAGCGGAAAGCUGAGCGAGCCCCUCCUGCAAAAACUGACACCACUUCCACCGGAAGAGGAGAGCGAGGGGACGUGUGAGAUCUUUUUUCUACCAACAUUUAUUAUUAUAUAGACACUACCCACACACACAUUUGGCUUUGAACUCCUUUUAAACGGAUUCCUUUACAAAUGGACUGGCAUUGAUAAAAUACUGUAUAUCCAAACGUAGAGGGAGAUCACGAGUAGAUCGAGUUGUGUUUUUGAUUUUGCCCCAAUUAAACAAGCUCUGUCUUUUGCUUCACAGCAAUCUAUUCAAGAGGUUUUCAGUUUUGGUGUCUGAUGUUCUGUGGAUUUGGAUUUAUUGGUUUUUCCAAAAAAAAAAAAAAAAGGUGCAAAUGGACAAGUCAAGUAAAUACGGACUGUGUGUGAGCAUUAGAGCCCGACUGAUAGGAAUCUUUGGGGCUGAUACUGAUAUCAAAUAUUUAAAGAGGAAUUGAAGGUGGUGUUAACAGACUCUUAUCAGAGCAAAAUGGAAUUGAGGCAUGAUAUUUUACACGUUAAUAUAAAUAACUAUAAAUAA